AUGGAAUAUGCAAAAACACGCAAAGGGCCGCUGCCUGGAGGUCGCCAGGGCGCGUCUGGUGCUGGCGCUGGACGCGACAGCAUGCGAACCGCCAGCCGAGCGAGAGGUGCUGCACGACCACCCAUCAGCCCCUCGCAUCCAUCAUCCCCACCAGCUGGCUUGGUGUCGGCAGGGUCUUCGCAGGCCCAGCAAUCGGCACCCGCCACUGGUGGAGUACGCCGCAUGCGAUGGACAACCGAAAUGAAUACUAACGCAUUGCGGGCGUAUUUUAGGGCGAAAGGGGGAGAAGUUGGAGGUUUGGCGUAUCGGGCUAGGAUGCAUCGUCUUUUUGCUGAGCUGGAGCCAUCUUUAACCGUCUCAGAGCAAAACCUGGCAGACCGGGUUCGAUAUAUCUUGCGCUCAAAUAUAUUUGAUGUCGCCGAACUCGAACGACUACGACGUGAGGCUGUUCCCUCAUCGGAUGAAAAUGCUACGGCGCCACAAAUUGCAGAGCAACCCGCAAACGUGAAUGCCGCCGUGAAUACCCCAGUUGUGGUUGAUUCAAACGAUGAUGGAACAGUCGCCCAGGAACUGGAAUUAGAGCAUAUGAGGAGUACAUUGGAAGAGGCGAUUGUCGAAACGCGCAGUACGCCUCUCGAAAAUCGACCGCGACUUCCCCGCAUAGCCCUAAGCAAGCGGAAUCGGGCUGUCGUGAGGGCUCUGAACCCAAUGCUGGUGACCUAUUUGGAAGCCAGCCGGGACCUUUGCGAGACGGACUCAAUUCUUUUUGGCGCCGCACUAGCAGUGUGCCGUAUUAUAGGCGCCAAACUUUCCACGGCUGGACGCGCUACUGGACAAAGUAGCGCUCCCAGCCUGAGAAUAAGAAUUGAAGAACGUAUCGCAAAGGCUAGGGCCCUCAUCGGCAGACUUGCUUCAGGUCAGGCAACAACAGGCAAGGAUUGUGCGCACCGUCAGGAUGGCAUUUGCUGGGACAAAUGUUAG